GAUGCUUCUUCUACGCACUGCUUGUCUUGAUAAGAAGAAGGAAUGUUGGUUUAUUGUCAACGGUGUACCAAUCCGCUAUUCUAUCCAAGAAUUUGCACUCAUUUCUGGUUUGUUCUGUCAUUCUUAUCCAAAAAACUAUGAAGCAAUUGGCAGCGAUAGGUUCUCUGGAAAACAUUUUGGUACAACCGGAACAGUUACAUAUGCAAGAGUGAAGGAAAAAUUACUCUCGAUGAAGAGAUCUAACCCUGACCGUUUGAAGAUGGCUGUCCUAUAUCUCUUAUGUAGUGUGAUCGUCGAGAAGAGAAAAACUGGACCACAAGCAGAACCUGUGGAAGACUUGUUUCUUACAGCCGUGGAAGAUCUAGAAUGGUGUAAAACGUUCCCAUGGGGCCGAUUUGCAUUUGAACAUAAUAUGAAAGAUAUUUUUCAUCUCCUGGACCACUUUGAUGGAGGAUUGGGCGCACAAUGGGUGUUUCCUAGCUUCGUGAUGCCUUUGGAGAUUCUAGCAUUUGAGGCCAUCCCAAAUCUAAUGAACCAAUUCAGAGAACAUGUUGUAUCAGCAGAUCCUGAGUGCCCUAGGAUGUGUAAGAUGAAGUUCAAACCUAGUAGUAUGAAAGAUUUUCCUAUGUCGGAGUUGUAUGAUUCUCUUGGUACAACAAAGGAAAUUGAGAGUAUCAUGCUUCCUAAUCCUUCUGAAAAUGAACUUUUGCGUCGAAUAAUGGAUAAUGAGGAUGGAUCAGAUGAUUUUGAUGAUGUGAUUGUUAAUGGUUGGACAAGGCGUAUAUUUAAGGUUCACAAGCAAGUUUGUUUUGAGGAGCUUCAUAAUAUAGAUGUUGGUAACCGUGUUAUGGAGGAAAGUCAAGAGAAUGCAGUUGUGGCUGGGGUGAGAGUUAGUGGGAGAAAGGUUGCUCCAGAGAAGGUGAGUAAAAAAGGAUUGGUUGAGAAGCUACAAAAACAGUUGGAAGAUGGUUUUAGGAGAAUAAAUAAGAAGUUUGAUGGCUUUGAUAAAAGACUCAAAUGUGUGGAAUUAGAUGUGAAGAGUUUAAAAGAAGGUAGAGGGAAAGCUAAUGAGUUGGAUAAAAGAGGUGAAGAGAAAGAUUAUGAGUUGGAAGAAGAUGAGAUCGAAGAGAGUGGAGGUGAAGAUAAAGAGAAUGCUUCUGAGUUAGAAGAGGAUGAGAAUGGAGAAGAUGGAGAGAAAGACAAAGAGUUUGAAGAAAAUGAUAAUGGAGAAGAUGGAGAUAAAGAGUUGGAAGGCAAAGAGUUGGAAGAGAAUGAGAAUGGAGAUAAUGGAGAGAAAGAAAAAGAAGGUGAUUUGGAAGGGAAUGACUUGGAUGGAGAUAAUGAAAAAGAAGGUGAUUUGGAAAGGAAUAACUUGGAUGGAGAUAAAGAGAAAGAGAAAGAAAAGUCAAGUGAGAAGAGACAACAGAUGAAGAAGACGUACGAGAGAAAGAGAACAAGGAAAACAAGUGCAAAAGAACAAGAAGAAGAGGUUCAAGUCGGAAAAAAGGCUAAGGUGACGAAGAAGAAGGAUUUGUUAUGUGGAUGUUUAGGUAUCUUUAAAUAUGUAGGGUAA